ACAAAUUUUAGUAAGCCGCAGCGGUGGUGCUGCCCUUUUCUCCGCACCUAACAAGAAUGUAGUAGUAGAAGCAUUUUUAGGAAAAGAAAAUAAAUUCUGGACAAUGCCGCUCCGAAGAAAAAAAAUAAAAGGGAUGCCUUAACAUCCAAAAACCUAGGGUUUCAACGGCGGCCGGAAAAUAAUUUCUUCUCUUAAUCGAUUCCUCUUACUCCAUCGGGGUCGUGUAGGACUCCGAUCUUCAUCGGGGAAUCGAGCUUCACGCUGCAUCUUAAUCUUCGCCAAUUGGAAUGGCGGGCACUUCUUCAAUUCGCAUUGGUCAACUUACCAUUGAUCUUCCAAUUGGUGCAGCUGAAGGAACAACCAUAGAAGCUGAUGAAUUCUUAUCAGUAACCGAAUCUUUGAAGCAACAAUUUGCUUCUAAACGUGCUGAUUAUGUAAAGAAAAGGACAGAAGAGAAUGCACAAAAGGCGUAUGAUUUGGGGGAAUUGUUUUUAAAGUUGUCAACAGAGAGAAAAAAUCAUACAGUUCAUGGUGCGGAUAGUAGCAUUGAUCUUCUGUCUAAGAGACAGCAGGAUGUAAUUAAUAUGCAAACUGGGAUUGGUUCCAGCAAUGGAGAUAAUGAUAGCAAUAGUUCUGAAGAUGAUGGAUAUGCCUCUUCUGAAAUUCGUCUAGGAUCUAGCAUUGCCAUCAAUAGUGCUGUAUGUCCCAUUAUACUUCCUCAAGUGGAAAGACUGCCUCAAUAUACUACAUGGGUAUUUUUGGAUAGAAAUCAGCAGAUGCCCGUGAAUCAAUCAGUGGUUGGUUGUAGAAGAAUUUAUUAUGACAAGAAUAGUGGAGAAGCUCUAAUUUGCAGUGAUAGCGAGGAAGAAUUACUUGAAGACGAACAAGAAAAGAAGUUUGUGGAGUACGAAGAUGUUAUGCUGCGUUCAACUAUCCAACAAAUUGGCCUGUCUGAUACAGUGUUAGAAUUGCUAGGGCAGUUCUUGUCUAGAAAACCCAGUGAAGUCAAGGCAAGAUAUGAAGAUCUUGUUAAGGACAAACAUGAAUGCGCCUCAAAGAACGAGAACAUCCAAGGGACUCCAGAUUUGUUUCUUGACAACGAUCUUGAUGCUGCUCUAGAUUCUUUUGACACCUUAUUUUGUCGUCGAUGCUUUGUUUUUGAUUGUCAAUCACAUGGAUGUUCGCAGGAUCUGAUUUUUCCGGCUGAAAAACAAUUGCCAUGGUGCUCUCCCGACGUGGAUAAGGAGCCCUGUUGUUCAAAUUGCUAUCGCCUGGCCAUCAAGAAGGAACACAAAGCUGGAUCGACCCCCUCUCAGAUUGCUAAUCAUGGAGAAAACCAUGUCCAACCAUCUGAAAUUGCUAAUAAUACUGAGGUGCCUGGUAGGGAGCAUCUAUCAAGGACAUCAAAUUCUUGCGAAAGCGAUUUCAAAGAUAUUGGUUCAUGUUCGCUAGAAUCACAACAACCUCAGUGUGGUAGAACUUCUAGGAGGGAAGUCUCUCCAGUAUUGGGCAGUAAAAAUUAUUUCCAAGGUGAGGGUUUUGGUUGCCAAUAUAAAGAGGCUGCCAGUGCAAAAAAUGGGAUGAAUCAUGACGACACAUUGAGGGAGAAUGAGUUUGGGGAUGAGAAUAACUGCAAUCAAGAAAUAGAUGGUGAGAAACCAUGGAGACCACUUGAAAAGGCUCUAUUUGAAAAAGGUCUGGAAAUGUUUGGCCGGAGCAGCUGUUUGAUUGCUCGAAAUCUGCUGAAUGGUUUAAAAACUUGUUGGGAGGUGUUCCAGUAUAUGAACAAUUCCGAGAAUAAGCUAUCACUAGUAAGUGAUGGGGUGAAUGGAAUAUUUCAAGGCUCUUUUAAGGGUGAUGGCCAUACUAUCGUGGGUAAUCAACCACGGAGAAAAUCUAGAUUCUUACAUAGAAGAGGUAGAGUUCGUCGCUUAAAAUACACAGGGAAAUCAGCUGGAUAUAAUGCACUUAGGAAAAGAAUAUCUGAGAGGAAAGACAAGCUUCGCCGUCACUAUAAUCCAUGUAAUUGUCAAGUACCUUGUGGAAAUGAGUGUCCUUGUAUCGUAAAUGGGACCCUCUGUGAAAAAUAUUGCGGAUGCAAAAGUUUCAAGAAUUGCAAGAAUCACUUUCGUGGUUGUUUUUGCGUAAAAGGUCAGUGUAGAAGCAGACAAUGCCCUUGCUUUGCUGUUGACAGGGAAUGCGAUCCUGAUGUUUGCCGAAAUUGUUGGAUCAGGGACUGCUAUUCGGUGGAUGGUAGUGUGAGCUUGUUAGCUGAGAAUAAUAAUAAAGGGGUCUUUAUACAAUAUCUACUUUUAAGCUGUGGUGAUGGGACUCUCGAUAUUCCUCCACAAAGAGGUGACAGUAAUGACUGCGAGAACAUGAAGCUUCUUCUCAAACAACGUCAAAGGGUUCUUCUUGGACGGUCUGAUGUGUCUGGAUGGGGUGCUUUCUUGAAGAAUAGUGUUGGAAAGCACGAGUACCUUGGGGAGUAUACCGGUGAAAUAAUCUCACACCAUGAAGCUGAUAGGCGUGGAAAGAUUUAUGAUCUUAUAAAUUCUUCAUUUCUCUUCAAUUUGGAUGACCAGUGUGUGCUUGAUGCUUAUCGGAAAGGUGACAAGUUGAAGUUCGCAAACCAUUCUCCUGAUCCAAAUUGCUACCCCAAGGUUAUUAUGGCGGGUGGAGAUCACAAAGUUGGUAUAUUUGCCAAACAAAGAAUUUGUGCAGGAGAGGAACUCUUCUAUGAUUAUUGUUAUGCGCCAGAUACACCACAUGUCUGGGCAAGGAAGCCCGAGGCACCCACUACAAGAAAGUUCUUCUUGGAAGAUCUGAUGUGUCUGGCUGGGGUGAUUUCUUGUAGAAUGGUGAUGGAAAGCAUGAGAACCUUGGGGAGCAUACUGGUGAAAUAAUGUCACACCAUGAAGCUGAUAAGCCUGGAAUAAUUUAUGGAUCAUGAAAGUUCUUCAUUUCUCUUCAAUUUAAAGUAUCAGUUUGUACAAUGAUGCUUAUUGGUGGAAGAGUGAGAAGUUGAAGAUCGCAAACCAGUCCCCUGAUCCAAGUUGCUGAAAUUUUUGUAGGCAUUCCCUGGAUUGGUUUGUCUAUGUUAGAUCCAAUAACACUCCUCUUUGACAGGUUACUAUGGCGGCUGGUGUCGUAGAGUUGGUAUAUUUGCCAAAGAAAGAAUUUGUGCAGGAGAGGAACUCCUCUAUAAUUAUCAUUAUCAGCCAGAUACAAUGACUGCCUGGGAUAGAUGAGGAGCUCUUCUAUGAUUAUCAUUAUCAUCUGUUUCUAAGAAAGAGUUUACUGUUACUUCAAGGGCCUUGCUUUUUUAUUGGCUCAUUCCUUUUUCCAACAUCGACCACCUGAUUGAUCAUGUGAUCCAUUCUUUUUAGGUACUUUUAUUGUUGUUAUGAGAUAACCACAUGAAUGGACAGAAGACAAGACAAUGAUUCUAAUCCAUAUCUUACAUGAUGAUGAGAGGAAGUAUGUAUUUAAUGGUUCUUCCCUUAAUGGUCCACGUUGGAGGGAAGUUAUAGAUGAGUUUUGGAUGAACUCUGGCAAGUAAGAAACUUAUGACAAACACCAAAUUAAGUUCAAGUGCAACAGAUCAAGGAUAGAAGCAAAAAAAAUAAAAAAAUUGAGGACAUCCUUCAAGGUUGCUAUGGAUAUGGUUGGGAUCCUGAAAAUAACUGAGAAAAAGAGAAAAAAACAUAAACAUUACCAUGUACGGGCAUGAGGGGAUUCAACAAUGACAUUUUGAAAAUCAUUCGUCACUGCUUGUUUUCACAGCCCAAUCAAAUGAAGCAACUGGAGUUGGUAAAGAACCUGUAUCUUGUGAUGACUACUCUGAUGGUAUUUGGCAUACGCAUGUCGCAAGUAGUGGUACUGGGACAGGGAAGUGGACAAUGACUGAUCAAUCUAUGGCAAUAGAUGAUGGCUAAUCUACAUGUCGAAAAAAGGUCAUGCUACAGCUAUUGACAGCAUACAUGAAUCUUUUAGGGAACAUUUGAAGUGGAAGAAAGACAAGGUUGCUUAUGUGUCCAUGGAAAUAAUAUAAGCCUAUCCAGUAGUGGCACCGAGUAAGACACGACAUUGAGGAUUACAUCGUACACGUUGUAGUUUCUGAUCAGUGUGAAUAGAUUGCCAAGAACGGUCGUUUUCUUGUACACAGCAACAUACAUCCAGGAUUGGUAUGGCUUGGGUUGUUAUCUUCUUUGGGGAUAUCACGCGUAUAUAUGAACCUACAGGUUUCUAACUUGAAACAUUUCGUCGGCGGAUAAUAGCUGCUUUUGUCUUGCGCUACAGUUUCAGAUGCAUGUUCCACAUGAUAAACCAAAACAACUCAUCGCUGUUGAUGAGACAUACAUAAAGGGGAGCUCCAAAGAAAGAAGUAGCAGGCGCGUCUUAACCACCACAAAGGAUUAUAACUUUGCAAAAUGUCCUUUGUGCAUGUGAUUUUGACAUGCGGUUUAUGUUUAUUGCAGCUGGUUGGGAAGAUAUGAAUCCUAAUGUUUUUCAAUCACAUUGCACAAAAAUGAAUGCCUAUAAUCCUAAUGAUGUAGCCUUUUGUUACAUAAUUUAUUGGUGGGAACAUAAAAGCAGUGGUGAAAAAUUUUCGGAGUA